GUUGGUCCGCGUGGGAGCGCAGGGCACACGGUGCGGCGGCACUGCCUCUUCGCCGCGUCAAACAGCCCUCUUCUAAUCGGACGGGCGACAGAAACGACAAGUCGACCCACCGCAUGCGUUCGCUGUUUGACCCGAACAGAUGACUGGAGCCACCGGGGCGAAGAGGGGACUGUUUCAGAGGGGCUCGUCCAUUGGUGAGGCCAUUAACAUUACUCCCUCCUUCUCCUCCGACUGAGAGCUGGAAGCGUGUAGCGGUUCAUCUGCACUACAGCAGAUUAUUGAGCAGCACAGAGAGACUGUACGGGCUAAUGGGAUUGACAAACUAACAUUAGCGCUACCGGGCUUUUCUGAGAGUAUGGUGCUCUUCAUUUUUGGCCGAGUUAUCGUGGAUAUGAAUCAUGUCUGAGCCCGAGGGGUGACCAUCCAUCCUGAGCUGAGUUGCGUCCUGUGAACUGCAACAACACCAAAGCUUGUGUUGAGAGCCUUAUUCUGACUCACGUUCAAGAUGGUGAGUCACGCCCUUUCUCUCCCGGAUCAUCUCAGUGAAUAGCCGGCCGCACAGAGCUGAAAGGAUCUCAGCUCAGCUGGUAAAUAAAACCCUCUUCCCUCCGCACAGUGUGGGAGAAAGUGCCACUGCGGUGCUGGUAUGGCAUCUCUGUAGGCUGAUAACUGAAGUGAAAGCAGCGUUUGAGCGAUCAUCUUUCACCUGGAGCCACUCACCUUUCAGGACGUGGCCCCAGAGCCGGCUGUCAGGGCAGGACCGUCAGUGGGAGUGGAGAGAGAUUCUCACAAUCAGCAGAGCAGCACAGAUGCAGGCAGCCUUCCUUAUGAGACUGGAGAUUUAUCCACAAGGGAAAAGACAUGUUAUUUUUUGGGUGACCUUCAUACAGGAUUAAGACUUUUUCAUUGACUUUUAUCUUUGCUUUAGCUGGUGCCCAGUGGGGCUGUGUGUGGUGUUGACUCUUCAUCUUUAUGAUUUUUCAUCGCUGGGCGAGUGUGUCUGAGUGGCUGGGAGAGCCAGCAUGGCCAAGCCUCUGCUGAAGAUACAGCGCUACUUCCGCAGGAAACCUGUGCGAUUCUUCUCCCUCAUCCUCCUCUACCUGACCGCCGGGAGCCUCGUUUUUUUGCACGCUGGCUUCGUCGGGGACAACGGCCCCGGAGCCCGAGGUGGCCGAGACUCUCUUAUAGCUUCGGAGAUGGGCAGCUGGGCUUCAUCGGACACUCGGGGACUUGGCCUCAUGAGUAGGGUGUUUAAGGAAAAACGGAGAAGUGGACGGAGGUUUGGUCCCCCUUGGAUGAAGAAAACUAGACAGGAGGGCCAGGGGAUGGUGGGCAGGGGGCGAGACUACACCAGCAACUGGAAACGCGCGCUGAAAGGACGCAAUGCCAAAGACCUGGAUGAUGGAAGAGCAAAGUACAUCGGCUGCUACAUUGAUGACACUCAGAAAAGAGCUCUGAGAGGAGUUUCCUUUUUCGACUACAAAAAAAUGACUGUAUUUCGUUGCCAGGACAACUGUGCAGAAAGGGGAUAUAUGUAUGCAGGCCUGGAGUUUGGCGCAGAGUGCUAUUGUGGUCAUAAGAUCCAGGCGCCCAAUGUUUCAGAAAGCGAAUGCAACAUGGAGUGCAAAGGAGAGAAGAGCAACGUGUGCGGAGGGCCCAACAGACUGUCCAUCUAUAGGCUGGAGCUGAGUCAGGAGUCAGCGCGCCGCUAUGGCAGUGCCAUUUUCAAAGGGUGUUUCCACCGGCCAGACAAUGUCACACUGGCUCUCCCCUUCAGCGCGGUCAUCCAGAACAUGUCUGUGGAUAAGUGCGUGGACAUGUGCACAGAAAGGGAGAAAUCGCUGGCUGUGCUCGCUGGAGAUCGAUGCUACUGCGGAUUCCCAACGCCCCUCUUCUCCCUGCAUGAGCUGGAGGACGAGGGCAUGUGUCUCAAUCGGUGCCAAGCGGAAGAGUUUGAAAGCUGUGGAAACGACAAGUACUUUGUCGUCUACCAGACACAGGUUCAAGAUAAUCGGUGCAUGGACCGGCACUUCCUUCCCACUCGUGCUAAGCAGCUGGUGGCCCUCGCCAGUUUCCCUGGAGCUGGCAACACUUGGGCUCGCCACCUUAUAGAGCUCGCCACUGGCUUCUACACUGGCAGCUAUUACUUUGAUGGCUCCCUGUACAAUAAAGGAUUUAAAGGGGAGCGCGACCACUGGCGGAGUGGGAGGACAAUAUGCAUUAAGACACAUGAGAGCGGCAGGAAAGAAAUCGAAGCCUUCGACUCCAGCAUCCUCAUGAUACGAAACCCCUACAAAGCCUUGAUGGCAGAAUUUAACCGGAAAUAUGGCGGACAUAUUGGAUUUGCUUCCCAGGCCCACUGGAGAGGGAAAGAGUGGCCCGAGUUUGUCAAGAACUAUGCCCCUUGGUGGGCGUCCCACACGCUGGACUGGCUGCAUUAUGGGAGGAACGUCCAGGUGGUUCACUUUGAGGAUCUGAAGAGGGACCUGUUCUCCAAGCUCAAAGGAAUGGUCGAGUUUCUGGGUUUGAAGGUUUCUGAGGAUCGCCUGCUCUGCGUCGAGGGCCAGAAGGACGGGAACUUCAAGCGGUCGGGGCUACGUAAGCUCGAGUACGACCCGUAUACUCCUGAAAUGCGUUCAAACAUCAAUGAACUGAUCAGAACAGUAGAUGCUGCUUUGAAGAAAAGAAACAUGUCUGGGGUUCCAGAGGAAUAUAUGCCAAGAUGAUAAAUGUGAAGACCUCUGUUUACCUUUAAAUUUUGUUAGUUUUCCUUUUUAUUUCUGCACAUCUUGUAGAAUUUCAUGACAUCAAUAGAUUUUUUAUUGUGUUAGAUGUCUGUUAAGUCAUCUAGGCGGACACCUAUUUCGUUUUUUCAGUCAUCUUUUUCUUUUUUAAACUAAACUAGAUCAGCUUCAUGCAUUCAUAGAGUAGACGUGACAGUUUUAACGGGCGAGGUUUGUGUUUCUCUCAUUUGCUGAAUGAAAAGCACUCCUUAUCCUGCUCUAUGCACAUGUGCUGUGUAGGCAUGUGCACAUGCCUUAACACAAAGGAGCUACAGUAGCUGUGACUACAGAGGGGCUCAUCUGACUGUGCUGACAAAAGAUACGAUACAACACUGCAAAGUGUGUUCAAUGAGCUUAUUUUGUGCAAAAGAAAAGUCAAAACAUUAAUUUUCCUGCUGCUAUUACAGUUACAGAACUAUUUUAUAUAAGAAGCUCACUGAAAGCUGUAUCUCUUUGUUAGGGGGGAAAAUGCAAUAUGCAGGGUAUAACUACCUGAUGAUGAUGAUACUGUGUGUUUCCAAGAUUUUGUAAGGUGUUUAAUUCACUGUAUGUACGAGAAAUCAGAAGGUUAUUCAAGAAGCUGAGUUAUCCCUUUCGAAGAGACUGACUGAGGAGAGAAGAGGAUUAAUGUCUUCGGCAUUUAUUUAUCUCCCGUGAGCAGCGCACACGUUGAUUCAUUUGGCUGUGAAUAUGUUUUCUUAACACUGGACUCGAUGCAGAAAUCCAAAAAGCACUUCGGUGUGCAACACCUUCCCCAAAGAUCACUGAGGAAUUAGGCAUUACACUCGUGUAAUAGACUGGAGUUUACCUUAGAAGUAGUGACUGUUGUAGAGGUUUAUUUAUGAGAGCUAAUCACACUGAAUGUGAAAAUUGUCUUUUUUCCUUUUUUUUUACUGCUUUGUUGUAAGAAAAGCUUUGAAACAGUUAAAGCUCAUAAUCAUUUUCCUAUUCCUUGUUGAAAAAAGAAAAUCUCCAGCAAACCUUUGUGCAGCACGUCUUAAAACGGUACUCCAUCUCCUCUGCCGCUUAAACACGAACAAAUAUACAGAUUGAUAAAUCCAGGAAUAGUAAAAAAAA